AUGAAAGCUCGUUACGCCUCAGUCUUACUCCGUCUCUUUGUGGUGGUGAUCUCUUCCCGCCGACGAGGAGCCCAUGCCAGGCUUGGUGGCGCCAACGUCACCGCACGGUCGCUCUUCGACGGAGCCAAGCCAAAGCACCACCGAUCCUUGGAGGAUCUUUCGAACAGUGUCUUUGAAGAACUGCGAGUACUGCAGGAGCAUGGCAGUGGACCGCACGUUGCCAUUUCCGUGCCGCUGGUUGUGCAAAAAGUCCAUCGAACUCUGGUGGAGGGUUCCGCCGGAGAGGGUGAAGACUUUGGUCCUCAUGCGCGGAGGAGAGCACUUCAAGCACUUGGCGAUGGAGGGGACCGACUGAUACAUUUGCUCCUCAGUCGUGAUGAUGGCGAUCGUGCGCUGGCAAAAAAGAGUAGCAACUGGGAGGACAACAAGGCUGGCAUUGCGGGGUUCACUGCGGUCAUGAUAUUCUUCUCCGUCCUCCUUAUUAGCAAUAUCGUAGCUGGGGCUGGUGGCGCAAAGCCGUGGCCUUUCCUUGGUAAUGACAAUGCCUACUUCCAGGGAACACCAGGAAGAUCAUUCCGAAAUAUCUCACCAUGCAGCAAGCUACCCAUGCAAUCGGAUGCGUUGUGGUCUUACUUUCCGAUAACCCAGGGAUUCCUGGGAAAUAUCCGAAGUGGAGCAGGGGACGCUAUUGAUCAGGUGCUUGGAGAGAACAACUCUAUUCUGAGAAUGAUGGAGUUGCUACUAAAUCCCGAGACAGUUGCCGACGUGGAAGACCUACCCAACGCCGAAAACUGCUUUCAGAUCACCGAGGAAUGCCAACUCACUGCGGAAUGUUGUCGAAAGGAAGGGUUUCUCGUGAACUGCAACGAAGAUACCCUUCGCUGUGAGGAAAAACGCUUGGCGGAGGUGGCUGGAGGGACCUUCGCCGUUGAACCCUUCUGCCUUGCAUUCACACGUACUGCACCUGAUUCUUUGACUCCGGACUCGCUGGCGUUUGCUCCUCGGUCGCCAUGGCCGCCGAUGGAUUUGGAUUUCGGGGCCUCGGGGUUGAUCAGCGACGAGAAUUGUCGCUUCCAUUCAGGCUGGCCAACCGUUGAGAUACCCGUGUUCAAGAUCCUUACCAAGUUGACCAUCCAAUUCGAUGGAAUCGCAUUGAGCUGGGCGGAUAAUGCCAAGCUGGCCUUUGGGACCAACGCAGACACUAGUGGGGAGCGAUCUCCCGUGAUCUGGGACGGUUUUCGCAAUCAGCCUCUUCCCGAAGUCCCAGACAUCAGCUUCUGGCUCCGCUUGAGGUUCAGUCUCGUGGAGCUCAAAUCCUGGAAAGCGACCAAGAAAUGGUGCGAAAAAGACGGUUGGACGGGUGCCUUCAAGGAAUACAUCGGCAAGGAGAAAAAGGAUCGAGAGGGAUUCUACACAUUCUUGACCGACGAGAAGAAGGAGAAGCGAAAAGAGUCACCGCUGACUCUGAGCAUCGUUUUCGACGUCGAGUUGUACAUUGCUAUUGACAAACAAACCGUCACCGCGGAAGACGGCGAGACGCUGGGAUCCACACUGGCUAAAGAGAUCGGCGCUCCGGAACAGGAAGAAGUCCAGCGGCGAAGCUUGUUUUCUUCCGAUAGGGACAGCGGGCAGAUGUGGCGCAACGUGCAAGAGAGCACGACAAGAGAAGAUCCGUGCGUCAUCUUGACAAUGCCAAGAGCUGCUUUCAAGAUUCCUUUGUUCGGAGGGCACCUGGUCUUCGGCAAUGCCAUCGGUGGCUUUUGCAACUUCCCAGCAGAGGAAACUGGCGUGUUCUGUACACCGAGUGGAUGGUUCUUCAACAUUCAGCAGCAGUUUCAGAUCGAAGGAGGACUUGGGGGGAUCCUGUCUCGAGCUCUUGAACAAGCCAUCCCAGACAAUGACGUGCUGCCCCCAUUGGAGUCCGCAGGGAACAGCAUUGGAGUUUUCCAGGAUGCGGAGGGAAGGACUGAAGCGGUGGUGUUUAGGCUAGAGUUCCCUGUCAACACACUGUUUGGUGUACCGCUGGGUGGAGGCGCACGACCUGUCAUACACUUUCAGUACGUAAAAGGCAGUGAAGUGGAACGCCGACGACAAACGUUGUUGAGGAGUCGGCCCAUACCGGAAACCGGGGAACAACCACGACCGUGGGUUACAAACUGUGUCAAUGUGCUGUUGAGGUGCCAGACCUGGAGCAAGUUCGUUAUGCAUGGAGACGCUGGUACUGAAUGGGAGAUUUGUUCUGAUAUCCUCAUCAAUCCAGAGCAGCAUCCUGACAAGCUGCUUUGCUACAAUCGCGUCCUCACAGCAGAGCCAACGGACCCCGAAGAAAAGUACAAAAUAACACCGGAUGAAGAUGCCGCCUACCAAACCCCAGCAAAAUACGACUUCAGCAGCAACGCGGAUGCGGACGUUUUCAUCCUAUACUUCGCCUUGAAAGAUUUUGGAAACUUGGUCAUACUUGUGAAGGAGGUUUCGAUCUCUCUCGUCCUGUCUGAUGGUCCGCCACCGACAAGGUUUGAGGACGUUGCAGAUGACUUUCGUGUCGCCCAACUGGCGUAUGAUGCACUCCCCGAGGACAUGAAGGAAAUCUUUAGUCCGCCUAGCCUCUUCAAUUUUCCUUCCUUGCAAGCAUAUCUUGACUAUAUCGACCAUGGGCAGGACGACGUCGUAACUGACGGAAAGCUGCUCGAGGUUCAGCAAUUCGACGACAUCACGGCCUCAAACAACUCGGAAAACUUGGCCAUGUUCCUCCGUGUUUUCUGCAAGAUUUCAGUCUUGUUCUUUUUAAGUAUUUCAGUUGGGCUGAUUGUCGAGAACUUUGCGGACGGAGUAAGUCCGAAUCAAUACGGUGUUGCAGGCCAAUUUGAGUUUGACACGGUAGGAUUCAGAUGGUCCGUGGCUGUCUCCACUGAAAUAGACUUUGACAGAAGGCGUCACCUGCACCUCGAAGGCGAAGACUACCGCCGAGCCCUGGCGUCUGAUGGUUUGGAGAAAGCGGAUUGGAGUGUAGACGUGUCCAUGGCCUGCGCGCCAGAUUCCCUUUGCGAUGCCAUCGUGGAGUUCUUUGAGGAUGUCGGAGAGGCGAUUUGGGAAGGCAUGCAAGCCAUAGCCACUUUCUUUGCCGAAGAUGUCGUUGAAUUCUUCAACAGUGCAGUGGCGGCCGUUGGAGAAUGGGGGAAACAAUUGAUGGGCUCAAUCGUUGAAUUCGGAACAAACGUAGUGAACAACAUACGGGAUGUCUUUGAAAAUGGUGAAGUGGCCCAACUGCUCAGUUCGGAACGACUGGACGCCUUUGGUGCUGACGCGCAUAAGGCAAUCGCAGGCCUGACAGAUGGGAAGAUCACCCUGGAUGAUCUUAAAAAUGUUGGUAAAGCUGUUCUCGAGGGUGCUAAGAUUGUAAUCGAUUUCAUUGUAGCCGGAAUUACGGACAUCAUCAAUGCGAUUGGGUCUUUCUUCAAAGACCUCGGAGACUUCUUUCGCAAAGGAUUUGGCCGUCAAGAUUGGGUGGAGUUCAGAACCAAAUCAUCUUUUGAGAAUAUUCACUCAUGCAAAGCGGCUUGUGACAGGGCAGUAGAAAGUGGCCGCUCAGUGAACAUCAAGAGGAACUGUUGGUGCAAGGACGAGCUCGAGUGCCCUGUGAAGGUUGCCCAGAGACGAAAGUGCAAGAAAACAUGUGGCUUUUGGAUUUGUGGCCCGAAUCGAUGCGAAAGUUGGAGAGAUGUCGAGGUCGAAAGAAAAGGAGGAUUCCCCAGAUUUGAGUCUAGGGUUUUCGAUCAGGCAUGUCGCUUGGAGCGAGCAGCCAAGCUUGCGGAAGCUGAAGAGUUCCACGGCAACAUGGUUCAGACUUCUGAUCUUGUGGACAGGAAUAUGCAGAAAUCAUUCGCUGGACUGCAAAACUUCUCACCGUCUGCUACGAGACGACGCAAGCUCUCGCAAAUGAAGCCGGUAACACAAGUGCGAUCUUUUUCCGUGCCAGCUUUCCGCGCCGUAAACGAAGGAACUUUUGGGCCAACAGAUUUCCAGGGCCGCUAUAUGGGAGCCCAACUCAGGCCAGACAGCAUUGAUGUGGACGAAAUUCAGUCUGACUUUGUGAGGAAAGUUGAUUUCAGCCAGUUCAAGCGAGAACCGGGAAAGCCGGAAUUUCCUCCUGGCGAUGAUUCGAUUAUGGUGCACGAAGCCCGCCUUGGUGCUGUCAACCAGUACCUAGGAGCGUUGCAAAUGGACGACCCUGUCUGGGCCGAAAAACAGCCUACUUUGUCACCACCGAAGAUAUCGCUGGCUUGGGGGUCUCCUGGUUCCUCUUCGCAAGACCCCGUGGUGUUUGGUUGUGAGGGGCCGCUUGCUGAAGCCUGGAGAGCAAAACUUGAGGGGUCGGAACCCGAAUCUAUGAGAAGAACCCGAAGGAGGCGCCUCGAGGGCCACGCAGAGCUGACUGUCAUCGAGCUUGUGCUUGUGGGAAUUCUGCGCCAUAGGAUUUUGGAAGAAGAUGGCAUCAAGGUUGAUAUAGAAUACGGAGACUUUGUUGGCGAAGAGACGGAUGCGGAUGUCUUCGCUCGAGCAAGAGACUUGAUAGGCGAAGAUGGGGUCCAGAUCGCCGAGCCAAAGUGUGAGUCCAUUCGGUGGACAUUUGAAGUUGUUGCGAGUGAUCAAUCCGGCAGAAAGUCGGAGACGAUGCUUGUCUAUGGCAUUUUGCCGUAUGGCUUUUCAGAACUUGAAAAGCCACCGGAGGAACACAUCCAGACAGUGUGCGACAGCGAUCCAUUCGGAGCAGAUGAUCUGGACGACAACUUCAUUCUCAAGGACUUCUACAAUGUGUCAAGCUUCGCUCCGAAACUGAGGAAUGACAACUGCAGAAGCCCCUUCGCUGAGCUAUCAAGCUUUGACAAAGAAAUCAAAGCUGGGAUUCCUUGCUCCGAAAACUACAAAAUGAUACACAGGAAAUGGCUCUUGACAGAUCCAACCUGCCAGAUGCAAGACACCGUGGCCUACCAAAAGAUCACACUUGGCGGACUUGAAAUAGAGGAAACUGGAGAACCAGAUACACCAAUUCUGAAUCUUCAGAUUAGGAAUGUCUCGCUUCCAAACGAAAGGAAUGCGUUUGUUUCUCUCUCUCCAAGCGAUUUCUUCUUGGAUGGUGAAGAACCUUCGUCGCUGUGUGGGAUGUGUGAUAUUCCGGAAGUUCCCGCUGUCUCCUUUUCUUCUCCACUUGAUCCACUGGGAUGCGAAGACAUAGGCGUCCAUGAAGUGUCCAUUACCGCCGUCAACAGAAUAGGGAUCUCGGUGACCAAAACCGCCUUGGUAAACGUCGUGGAUGACGUGCCGCCCAACGUGAUCACGAAGACUCACGUGGUUGCUCUCAAUGCGUUUGGAUGGAUGGAUGAAGCUGUGACCACGGACGAUAUUGACAAUGGUACCUGGGACAACUGCGGUCUCGUCGUCAUGCGAAUAAGCCAACCUCCAAACUUUGGGUGCGGCGACGAAGGCACCCAAUCAGUGGUCCUCACAGCCAAAGAUUCUAGCGGAAACCAAGUUUCCACAGAGCAGGAAGUUUUCGUGACGGAUGCACGUCCUGGUAUUGGCCUCAGACGAGGCAACGCCCAAGACGGGCUCGCUAGACUUCUGUCGGAGCAGAUUGGCGUGAUCACGACUAGGGCGAAAGGACCUCGUGGAGCCCGAGACGUCACUAGUCGGUUUCAGGACAACACCCAAACCCGACGAGCACUUAAGAAAGGCAUGGGUGGGAUGAUGUGGGGCGCGAUGAUGGCAUGGGAUGAUUCUUCAGAGGAAGAGGCUUUUGUCGAUACUGGGGAAUCUGUCGAUGCUGGGGAAUCCGGAGAAUACUUGUCGUUGCCUACGCAAGAGCCAUCUGAAAUUGACGGAUUAAUCGACGAUGCGAUGCAAAAGGACUUCGGUUACGCCAACUGCGAAGAAAUUGCCGUGUAUGUCAAACCAUAUGGGCAAGACCAUUUCUUGCGCUUGCACCACUUUGCAGGUGAUCCUUCGGCCGAAUGGUCGAUCCCUUCCAUGUACAACCGCACCAACACAGAUUCGGUUGUCUUUUUCGAAGCUGUUUGUCGAGGUCUCACGGUAGAGGAGCAGAUGGCAGGCCAGGAAUGCCGAGCGGAGGUCAAGGCUGAAGUUCUCUGUGAAGACAGCGACAAAAUUCUCCGGGAAACUUGUUACCGUGCCAGCAUCCUUUACGACUCGGACGCCGUUCCGACUUUCAACGAUGCGAGUGACCUUCCUGGAUACGUUCGCAGACAACUCCACGAGGAACGAGAGAUAGGUGUCGAUGACGGAGAACACGACGGUCAACCAAGCUCGCCAUAG